AUGAGUCCCAAAGAGGAAUCAGAUAAUAUUGGUUCUGCCUUGGAAGCAGUAAUCACCAGUGUUGGCGAAAUAGGGCUGUACCAACGCAUCCUUUUUAUAGGGAUGCUACCGUUUGGUUUCGCCUGGGCUUUCACGUAUUUCGUCCAAAUGUUUAUCACAGCGACCCCGCAGGAACAUUGGUGUCGUGUGCCUGAAUUGGCAUCACUAGAUUUGGAGCUCAGACGACAUCUGUCGGUACCCAGCACAGGAGAUUACGAUGUAGAUAGUUGCAUGGUGUUCGAUGCGAAUUGGACUCAUGUGUUGGAGACAUUGCGACCGCCCGAGACUAACACACCACUUAUUCCCUGCCAAAAUGGUUGGGAGUUUAUCUUUGAGGAUAUUCCUUAUUCCACUGUCGUCAGCGAGCGUGAAUGGGUUUGUGACAAAGCUAGCUUGGUGCCUUGGGCGCAGUCUAUUAGUUUUCUUGGGUCCAUCGUUGGUGGCAUACUAUGCGGUACAUUAGCUGACAGAUAUGGAAGAUUACCCGUUCUUAUACUGGCCAACGCGUUGGGUGUCAUAGGCAACAUUGCUUCGAUGUUCACGACAGGAUUCUGGGACUUUUCAGUUUGCCGUUUCAUUGCCGGAAUGUGUGUGGACAGCUGUUUUAUACUUAUUUUUAUACUUGUAUUAGAAUAUGUGGGAACAAAAUACCGUACUUGGGUGGCCAAUUUAUCCAUUGCCUUCUUUUUUGGAGGGGGUUGCAUUCUGUUGCCAUGGAUAGCAUUGUGGGUCUCAGAUUGGAAGUUGCUUAUGAUCGUUACGUCAUCCCCUAUGAUUGUGGGAUUUUUGGCGCCUUUUGUGGUGCCGGAGAGUGCAAGGUGGCUCGUGUCAAAGGGUCGGAUUGAUAAAGCGAUGGAGGUUCUGAAGAGGUUCGAAAAAAUCAAUGGAAAUAAAAUACCUCAGAAUGUGAUGGAUCAAUUUGUUCAAGCAGCCAAAUGCACCAAGGUCGAAGAUGAGGGCAUCGCCCUGAUAUUCAAGACUGCACCCCUACGUCGUAUGGUCAUAUUCCUCAUCUUCACAUUCAUAUCAGUGGCUGUAAUGUUCGACAGCAUCAUCCGUUUGUCAGAGAACCUUGGUCUAGACUUCUUUGUGACCUUCUCUGUUGCGUCCGCGACGGAGCUGCCAUCUAUUGUUGUUCUUCUGUUGCUUUUGGACAGAUUAGGACGACGAUGGCUGGUUUUUGCACCAAUGAUGGCUGCAGGUGCCUUAUGCCUCAUAACUGCGUUUGUACCUAGAGGUGUAAUAUCAGUGUCGCUGGCAGUAGUGGCACGAUUCUUCAACAACAUGUCGUAUUUAGCCAUUACUCAAUGGACGCUUGAGCUGAUGCCGACGGUGGUGCGUGCUUCGGGCGCGUCUUUUGUACAUAUAAGCGCGUUCGCUGCUGUUAUUGUCACGCCAUUCAUUGUGUAUUCUGACCGCGCAUGGGAAGGUUUGUCGCUAAUCAUAGUAGGAGUUGUGGGCCUUAGUGGGGCUUCUCUGGCUGGGGCUUCUCUGGCGCUGGUGCUUCCGGAGACCAAGGGCAAGAGGAUGCCGCAGACUAUGGAAGAGUGGGAGGUGAUGGCGCAAUCCCAGCCGUAUAAGAAGUAA